AUAAACUCAUGUGGUGUUACUUGAACAUUUAUCCAUGAUUUGGAUUUGUCAUUUGAUCUGCAACUGUUUUAAAAAUUAUAAAUAUUAAUUCAAUAUUUCUGGAAUAUUUCUUAAAAAUGGAUAAAAACAGCACUGCAUUGGUGAAGAAAUUGCAAUCAGAGCUCGAAGCUUAUCAAAAUCUACAAAAAACGUGUGUGAAAUUGGUAAAGCAGCGUACACUCCUUGAAUCUCAAUUAAAUGAGAAUAAAUGUGUGUUGGACGAAUUGAAUAUACUCGGUCCCGAUAAUAAAGUGUACAAGUUGUAUGGACCCGUUUUAGUAAAGCAGGAUCUGGAGGAAUCACGUCAAAAUGUUGGCAAGCGAAUUGAAUAUAUUUCGAAAGAACUGAAAAGUUCAAACGAUACAUUGGAGAAUAUGGAAAAAGAUAUGACAAAACAUCGGGAGACAGUACAAAAGUUGCAACAGCAAUAUCAAGUAGCAGUAGCAAUGAAAUAAGAAUAUAUAGAGGGCACAAUUAUUUAUAAAAACAAUUUCAGAGGAUCUAUAGGAAAUACAUAACUCAUCAAGAUUAAUAGUAAAAACUAAA